GGAAAUACAGAGAGGAAAUGACAACUAACUCAACUCUUUGAGACAAAGUUUCCCACUGUACAGUUUGAUCAGCUAUUAUUAUAAAUAUGAGCCCUGCAGGUUAUAGUUAAUCAAGAAUGUUUUGUCUUUUCUCUCUGGUUUCUCUGCUUCUGAUUCCUGUGAUCUGCAGCCGGGAAUGGGAGGUUAAAUACUCCAGUAUGACAAAAUGUGCUCUAAAGGGUUCAACAAUAACUUUAUUAGGCUCUUAUAAACACCCAAAUCAUCUCACAGUGACAGAGAUAUUCUGGACUGUAAACCCAUAUAAAGGCAAGAGUAUCAAUCUGAUGAAUCAUACAGAUUACAGAGACAGAGUUCAGUUCUUCCCGGGUAAAGAAGGAUUGUUCUUUCUCAAACUCAGUAAUGUGACACACACAGAUGAAGGAAUGUACUGCCUCAGAAUCGUGACAGGUGUUGAAGAUCAAAAUUAUCUGGGUUAUCCUGGGCCUGAGCUCAAAGUGACAGAUCUCAGAGUGGAGAUUCCUGCAGAGAUCAUUGAGGGAGCAUCACCUGUUUUAUUUUGUAAGACCACCUGUUACCUCUCAGAUAAAACAAACUUCACCUGGUAUAAAAAUGGCAAGCGUUUAUCAGACUCGAUCGUCUCGGAUCAGCUGUUGCUGUCGUCGGUCAGCAGAGAUGAUACGGGAAACUACAGCUGUGCACCGAGAAAUCAGAAACAUCUGUCGUCUCCUGCCGUCACUCUCAGCGUCAGAUAUCCUCCAAAGAGCGUCUCGGUGUCCAUCAGUCCGUCUGGUGUAAUAGUGGAGGGAGAUUCAGUGACUCUGAUCUGCAGCAGUGACUCAAACCCUCCUGCUCUCAUCUUCAGAUGGUUUAAGGAGAAUCAAAGCUCAUCUGUUGGAUCUGGACAGAGUUUCAUCAUCUCCAGCUUUAGCUCCAGUCACAGCGGACGCUACUCUUGUGAGGCUCAGAAUCAACAUGGAUCUCAGAGAUCAGUCUCUGUUUCAGUCGCUGUUGAAGAAAGCCGCUCAUCUCUGAUCGGGGUCUCGGGGGGGAUCUCUGCAGCUGUUGUCCUGAUGGCUGUGAUUCUGAUGGUCUUCAUCGGGCUCUUGAUCAGAAGGAAACGAGCGACUCCAUCAGAAGAGCAAAACCCCAGAGGAUCAGCACACAGUAAGACGCCGGGGGCUCCUGAGGACACCUACAUGACCCUUGACCCCAAGUCCAGAUCUUCUGAAUACGACACACUGGACAAUAUGAAGAGAUCCAGUGAAAACACAGACGACCCUAAAGCUCAGGAUCCUACAUAUUAUAACUCUGACAAAUGAUUAAUCCACAAUUUGGCAUUUUUUAAAAAAUAAUUAUUUUUCUCUGGCUUAGAAUUAAAUAUGUUUUUAUUUGCUUUUGUGCUUCUAAAACACAAUUUUUCCAAAUUUCUUGUAAUCUGUGUGAUUUUGCAAACUUGUAGAAGUUCAGAAUAAGCUGAUUUUACAGGUUAGAAAGUUACAGUAGAUAGUCAGAAAUUAAAAGAAAUAUUUUCAUAUUUUCAAAAUAUGAUUUGUCAUGAUGAGGUGGUGUUAAAUUGUUGUAAUUAUGGUGGCUCCAAACACCAAAGCCUUAUUUUAUUUUAUUUUAUUUACUUUUUGCGUUGCUUUGAUAAAUGCACAGUGUUUGCAUUUUUAACUGCGGACUGCUUGGAUUUUGGCAUCUUAAUUGUGACUUUACCUGCAUUUUAUCUUUAACUUGGCUUAGUUUAGUUUUUUACUUGACUUGGAGUUUUUAGAAUGUUAUUGUUUUAGACAAUAAAAUAUUUUAAUAUGUCGUUUGUUUUUUUU